AUGCAAUUCUGUUAUCACUGUACGCAGCUUAUACAUGCUGACUCGGUUACCAGCGGCCACUGCAUCUCCACCUUCCGCAAUCUCUUAGUUCCCCUCCGAUCUUCUUUCUCCUCUUCCUCACAAAACACACGAAAGUCACCAUACCGCAAGGCCUUCACUAUGGACUGCCCUAUUCCACAGGAUCAGCUGGACGAAAUUUAUACCUUUGCGAUCGACCUCGCCCGCAAAGCAGGCCAACUCCUACUAGACCGCAUCGACGAGCGCAAUGCUGACCAAGUGUACACUGAGAAAGAGAAUGCGGUCGACCUAGUGACUCAGACGGAUGAAGAUGUCGAAUCUUUGAUCAAGACCGCAAUUCAAACCAAAUACCCCGCACAUAAAUUUCUUGGUGAAGAAACCUACGCGAAGGGUCAGUCAAGGGAAUACCUUAUCGAUGAGCAGCCGACAUGGUGUGUCGAUCCUUUAGACGGAACCGUCAACUUCACCCACGCCUUUCCCAUGUUCUGCGUCUCGAUAGGCUUUAUCGUAAAUCACUAUCCCGUCAUCGGAGUUAUAUACGCGCCCCUCCUCGAUCAACUAUUCUCGUCUUGCCUCAACCGCGGCGCAUGGCUCAACGAGAAGCGCCAGCUGCCGCUCAUCCGGAAGCCCUCUAUCCCACCGAUGCCGGCAAACGCACCAUCAAAGUGCAUACUUGGAUGCGAAUGGGGUAAAGACCGACGCGAUAUCCCCGAUGGGAAUCUACAUCGCAAGAUUGAGAGUUUUGUCAACCUGGCUUCUGAGCGGGAGGGGCGAGGUGGGAAAGGUGGUAUGGUGCACGGGGUUAGGAGUUUAGGGAGUGCGACAAUGGAUCUCGCAUACACGGCCAUGGGGUCGGUGGAUAUUUGGUGGGAGGGGGGUUGUUGGGAAUGGGAUGUGGCGGCUGGUAUUGCGAUCCUGCUUGAAGCCGGAGGGCUGGUGACUACAGCGAAUCCGCCCGAUGAUAUAAGUGCGCCCAUUGCGCCCGUGAAACUGGGAAGUCGACUGUAUUUGGCUAUUCGACCUGCCGGCCCCUCCGAGACAGAAACAGGACGAGAGACACAGGAAAGAACAGUACGCGAAGUCUGGCGCCGGGUGCGCCAGCUAGAUUAUAAUAGACCAGGGGCAUAG